GCAUGUAAAUUAGGUGUAAAUGCGUUUAAGCGUUGAAACAACGCUGGAAACUAAAUUCAUUCAGUGUAUCGUAAACUGUCGGUGUUGGUCGCUGCUAUAUCACUCAAGCGAGCAUGGCUACAAAAACAAAGUGGGAGUCCAAUGAGGAGAUACAAUAUUUUCGGGAGUAUCUUCGAAUUCCUAGCGUACAUCCAGAUCCGGAUUAUGAGCCGUGUGUAGAGUUUUUAAAACGACAAGCCAAAUUACUCGAACUUCCUAUACAAGUACACUAUCCAGCCAAUGAUCGUAAUCCAGCUGUGAUUCUUACAUGGCAAGGCAAGGACACUUCAUUACCUGCCAUACUUUUGCAUUCGCAUAUGGAUGUAGUGCCGGUAUUUCCAGAAAAUUGGACUCAUCCCCCAUUUGGUGCUGAAAUGGAUGAUGAAGGACGAAUUUUUGCACGCGGCACUCAAGAUAUGAAAUGUGUUGGAAUGCAAUAUCUGGGGGCAAUUCGUGCACUGAAGAGGAGCGGGGCAAAAUUUAAACGUACAAUUCACAUAUCGUUUAUCGCAGAUGAAGAAAUGGGUGGCCGCUAUGGCAUGCGCCCAUUUGUGCACACCGCAGAAUUCAAAUCGUUAAAUGUGGGAUUUUCACUGGAUGAAGGCUUGGCGUCGCCUACCGAAGAACUGCCGGUCUUCUACGCCGAACGUAGUGUGUGGCGUAUAUAUUUUCAGAUUUCUGGCACAGCUGGUCAUGGUUCACUCCUAUUGAAAAACACAGCUGGUGAGAAGGUCCGCUAUAUUGUUAACAAAAUGAUGGCGAUGCGUGAGCAAGAAUUGCGAAAGUUGGAAAAUAAUCCCGACUUAAGAAUCGGCGAUGUGACCACAAUCAAUUUAACACGCCUAGGUGGUGGCGUACAAAGUAAUGUUGUACCGCCAUUGCUGAUGGUUUGCUUCGACGUGCGUCUAGCGAUUGAUGUGGAUCAAAAUGAGUUCGAAAAUAAGCUUCAUCAAUGGUGCAAUGACGUUGGUGGCGGUAUCGAACUUGAAUAUGAACAAAAACGUCCCCGUGUCGCUCCAACUCCGACAGAUAAAAGCAAUCCAUUUUGGAUGGCAUUUAAGAGUGCCACCGACGAAUUGGGUUUGAAAAUAUCGGAGCAAAUUUUCGCUGGAGGUACCGACAGCCGUUAUAUAAGGGAAGUUGGCAUACCAGCCUUGGGUUUCUCGCCCAUGAAUAAUACUCCAGUUUUACUGCAUGAUCACGAUGAAUUCAUAAAAGCUGAUACUUAUUUGCGUGGAAUUGAGAUUUAUAGGAAAAUUAUACCGAAAUUAGCAGAAGCAUAAUGUUAUUAUUGAGCAUUCUUAGGAAUAUAAAAAAGUUUAUUUAGAGAAACGAAUUAUGUUGCGAUACGGAAAUGGUUUGUUUCAGGAUUGUAGUCUAAAUACAUGUGUAUUUAAAUAUAUAUAUUAAUUUAUAAAUUACUCACAUUAUUUUGUCUUGU